GCUGCUUGUUGAUUUUGCUCAUCUCAUUUCUUAACUUCCAUCUCUUUCUCUCCCUCGCUCGGCUCAAGCUUUGUCUUUGAUUCUCUCUCCUCCCCUGCUUCUCCCGCCCUUUCCUCUCUCUCCCUCUCCCUCUCUCUCUCUCUCCACACACACACACACACACACACACAGAUAUAUACAUAUUGUAUAAAUUUUUGUAUGGAAAUUUAGCUGCUCUGGGAGGAUCAUUGCUCUAGUGGGGGUAAUGGGUCAGUUGAAUUUCUUGAUUCUUUAAAGCCCCUUUUUUACAUCUUUAAUUUCAGCUCAAUCUUGACAUUUUUUAUGAGAUUUUAAUCAACUGCUCACUGGGUCACCAAGAAAGAGCAGUAAGAAGAAGAAAGGAACGAUCUUUGUUGGUGCUCAGUUCUUGAUGAAUUUUGAGACAGGAGCAGUCAGCGGAAAAGCUUUGAGUAUAAUGGAUUGGGGAGUCAAUAAUGCCUUUAAAAAUUUAAAAGAUAUGGAACCAAAGGGUAUGAUGGAUGUGGCGCUCAUUUCAAGCAUUGAUCCGGUGGAUGUUGGGUUGGGUUCCUCAGAGAAAGUAAACGCUGCUCUCUCAAUAAAACCGAGAAAGAAGACCAUGACUUCAAUAUAUCUUAAAUAUUUUGAAACAGCUCCUGACGGGAAGAGUAGAAAGUGCAAGUUUUGUGGACAAAGCUAUUCUAUUGCCACUGCCACUGGCAAUUUGGGCAGACACCUAAGCAACCGUCAUCCAGGAUAUGAUAAUUCUGGGGAUGCUGUAGUUACUACUAGUACACAACAAGUUACAAUUGCUAAGAAAGCUCAAGCAAAAUCACCUCAUUUUGUGCUUGACCAUUUAAAUUGGUUGCUCAUCAAGUGGCUCAUCCUAUCAUCUCUUCCACCUUCUACCUUGGAGGAGAAAUGGCUGGUCAACUCUUUUAAAUAUCUCAACCCGGCAAUACAACUUUGGCCCGGAGAAAAGUACCAAACAAUACUCUGUGACAUUUUUACAAGCAUGCAGGAUGAUGUUAGAGUAGUUCUGGACCAAGUUUCGUCUAAGGUUACAAUUGCUCUUGAUUUCUGGACUUCAUAUGAACAAAUUUUUUAUAUGAGUGUUAGGUGUCAAUGGAUAGAUGAGAACUGGUCCGUCCAGAAUAUUCUUAUUGAUGUUUGCCAUAUACCUUUCCCUUGUGACAGUACAGAGAUCUACACCAAACUGGUGAGAGUUCUCAGAUUUUACGAUAUUGAAAACAAGGUUCUAUCAUGUACUCAUGAUAAUAGUCCAAAUGCGGUGCAGGCAUGCCACACACUAAAAGAGGAAAUUGAUUGCCAAAAAGUGAGUCCUUUCUGUUACAUCCCAUGUGGUGCUCGUAUAUUGAAUUCGAUCAUUAGUGAUGGACUAAGAACCUUAAAAUCAGUUGUAUCUAAAAUUCGAGAGUUUGUAUUGAAGAUUAAUACAUCUAUGGAGAUCUCGCAAGAUUUUAUCGAAUUGACAGCAGCCUUUCAGGAAGGAAACUGGAAAAUUCCACUUGAUACUUCUGUUCGCUGGAGUGGCAAUCAUCAAAUGCUUGAUGUGGUGCGGAAGGCUGGGAAAGCCAUGGACAGUAUUAUUAGGAAAUAUGAGGAGACGCUAGGUGGUAGGUUGCUGCUAAGUCCUGCAGAGAAGAUUGCGGUCAAUGUCAUGUACACAUUUCUAGAACCAUUUCAUAAAACUAUUAACAACAUAUGCACAAAUAAAUUUCCAACAGUCGGACUAGUCCUUUUCUUCAUGGAUCAUAUAUCCGAGACUAUUGCAACCUGUAGAGAUUCCCGUCACAACCCCGAGUGGCUGAAGAAUGCAGCUGAAGAAAUGGCUGCAAAGGCUCAGGACUACAAUGACCAAGUUUGCAACAUUUUUACAUACAUGACUGCAAUACUUGAUCCUCGAAUAAAAGUUGAGCUCAUUUCAGAAAGUCUCAACUCAGAGAACCACUUAGAGGAAGCAAGAUCCCAUUUCAUGAGGAAUUACUCAAGCAACCAUUUUCCGUCCAUGACAAAUGCGUACAUGGUACAAGAGUCGCAGGAUGGUGGGACCGUUUCUUUUGCAGAAGAAAUUGCUCGUAAGAAACGAAGGGCCAGCAUGAGUUCCGUCACUGACGAACUUACCCAAUAUCUCUCAGAAGCUCCAGCUGCAUUACAAACAGAUGUAUUGGAUUGGUGGAAGGCGAAUAGCACACGCUAUCCUCGGCUAUCCUUGAUGGCUCGGGACUUUCUGGCGGUUCAAGCGACUUCAAUAGCACCUGAAGACAUUUUCUGGAGCAAAGGUGAUGAAAUUGAUAAACAACGUUUUACUAUGCCCUUUAAGACAACACAAGCUUUGCUUUGUAUAAAGUCUUGGACUGAAGUUGGGAUGAAAUUGAAACACAAAUCAACAGUAAUCGAUUAUAACAGCCUAAUGGAGUUGGCUGCUACAGCAGCAAGAGACAAUGUCUCAGUAGCCUAUGACAGGAAACCUAAUUAGGUUCCAGAAUGCCGUGCUGGGUACUUCUCGGCAAGGUAAAUGAUUUUGGUUUUUGGAUGAUAUGUAUCAUGACAAGAAUAUAGAGAUCUAGUCUGUAUAUAAUUUAUGAAUUAGAAUUAGAAUUAGAAUUAGAUUGUUCCAUGUAUUAUGUAGAAUCAGAUCUUCCAUGUACAUAAUUAUGGUGUAUAUGCCAACUGCUGAGGGAAGACAAAUUUCUCUCUUCCAAUACUGGACAAUUCUCAUUUUCA